AUGGACCAGAAGCAAAUGCAGAAGCUGCUCCUAAUGGGGCCUGGCGGAGCCGGAAAGACGUGCAUGCGCAGUAUAAUCUUCGAUAACUACCUCCCUCGCGACGCGCUGAGACUUGGCAUCACCAUCUCUCUCGACCAGAGUCAGGUGCACAUACUGCGGAACCUCUUUUUGAAUCUCUGGGACUGUGGCGGCCAGCACCGCUACGUCACGGAGUACCUGAACCGCCAAAAGGAGUACAUCUUCCGCUACGUCGGCGUCAUGCUCUUUGUGUUCGACAUCAACAGCAUGUGCCGCGAUAGCCACGGUGGGCUGGGCAGUGCUGGUGGCAUUGGUAGCGAGGGCAGCAACGCCACGACGGACUGGAAGCUGCCAGAGAUGCUGGAGUACUUCCGUGAGGCGAUGCGUUUUAUUCGUCAAUACAGUCCGAAGGCAAAGGUAUUCGUUCUCCUGCACAAGAUUGAUCUUAUUCACAAGGAUAUCCGCGAAGAGAUUUUUCAGGCACGCAAGCAAGAGAUCGUGAACUGCAUUGACCCCAGUGACGGCAUGGACAUUGAGUUUUUCAGCACGAGCAUCUGGUCCGAUUCACUUUAUUUGGCCUACAGCUCAGUGGUACGUUCGCUAGUGCCGCACCGUGACAUUUUGGUGGACACAAUGCGGAGCAUCGCGAUAGCGUGCGACGCUGCCGAGGUGGCGCUGUACGAGCGGAGCACUUUUUUAUGCCUGGCGCACAUCAAUCGCAACAUCACCGCUGAUGGCUCGACGGCGCUGUUCCUCCAGGGUGAUGGGAAGCUGCGCACGACGGAGGUGAGCGAGACGGUGAAGCACUUCAAGCUGAGCUGCAUUAACAACACAACCAGCCUAUGCGGCCUUAGCAUCGCCACGAAGACGUUCACAGCUCUCUUGUGCCCCUUUACGGAGUGCACGUACGUGUUAGUCGUCUCGGUGGACCCGACGGUGAACGUGGAGCUGCACCGCCUCAACGUGAACGCCGCACGACGACGCUUUGAGGAGUUCCUUGACUCCGACGAGCCCACAGCAUGUGCGAUGCGUGAGGUUCUGUAA